UAAGAGAAAAGCCAGGGCCUGGGAGCAGCGACCCCUGAGCAGUGCUCUCCGUGUGGCUGGUAGAGAUACCGGAGCUGCUGUUACAGCAUCAUGAGUGAGCGACAAGGAGCUGGGGCAACCAAUGGAAAAGACAAGACCUCUGGUGAAAAUGAUGGGCAGAAGAAGGUUCAAGAGGAGUUCGACAUCGACAUGGAUGCGCCAGAGACAGAACGCGCAGCAGUGGCUAUUCAGUCUCAGUUCAGAAAAUUCCAGAAGAAAAAGGCUGGGUCCCAGUCCUAGCGGGAGAGCCCCUUCCUAGUCUGCCAGAAGACACCACCUUCAACCAUCCUGUCAAGAAAUGAAAAGAACAGCACCCUCGAGGGAAAUCAUUUGCACACGAUACCCACGUGCACCUCAGUCCCGCAAUGCAUGUACAGAGACCCGUGAUAUUUAUACCCUUGUAGGAAGGCAUAGACCAUGCAAUUGUGAGCGCUUCAUAUCUCUUUAUCUCCAGUAUCGUUCCUCUUGCAACUGAUUAUUUUCCUUGAUGUUGUAAUAAAAUGGAGUUGAGAUGCAUGA